GAACACUAGCUCCCAUUGUAGAGAGAGAGAGAGAGAGAGAAAAAGAGGAAAUCUAGAGAGAGAGAGAGAGAGAGAGAAAAAGAGGAAAUCUAGAGAGAGAGAGGAGCUACAAUGGCUGACGCGGCGGUGGAGUUCCUGCUGGACAACCUCCAGCAGCUACUGAUUUACCACACCCAUUUGAUAAGUGACGCCAAAAACCAGGUGGAGAAGCUGGAGAGCGAUCUCCGCCUCUUCAAAGCCUUCCUCAGGGACUCCACCAAGAAGCGGCGGAAGGACGAGAGCCUGCGGGAGCUCGUCCGCCAGAUACGCGACGUCGUCUACGAGGCGGAGGACAUCAUCGACGCCUUCGUGACGCAGGCCGCCGAGAGCAAGUCCAAGAGUUACUUCCUGAGAGCUUUUCAGACGCCGGUCAAACUCCACGGCAUCGCCGUCGACAUCGAGAGGGUUGGGGUCAAGGUAAAAGAUAUCUACGGCGACAAAAACAGGAUUGACUUCGCCAGCCUCAAUGUCGGAGAUGGAGGGCCUGAAGAAUCAGAGCCUCCCACGGUCAGACAGGAGAAUGUGGUGGGUUUUGAAGAUGAAGCAGAAAAAUUAAUAGGUUAUCUCACUCAAGAAACUACACAGCUUGAUGUCGUCUCCAUCAUUGGUAUGCCUGGUCUUGGCAAGACAACAUUGGCAGGAAAAAUCUUUCGUGAUCCAGCAAUCCUAUAUGAAUUUCCCACCCGCAUAUGGGUUUAUGUCUCUCAAGAUUUCACAAGAAAAAACAUCUUUCUUGCCAUUCUGAGAGAAUUCACUAGGAUUGAUGAGGAGAUGUAUCAUAAAAGUGAUCAAGAGUUAGCCCGACUAGUUGCGUCUCAUCUAGAGAGGGGCAAAUUCUUGCUUGUCAUGGAUGAUGUGUGGACAGCUGAGGAUUGGGAAAAACUCCAAAUUGCUUUGCCAAAGAGCAAUAAGAUGGGUAAAGUCUUGAUUACUAGCCGUCAUGUUGAAGUGGGUCAAUAUGCUAAUAAAAAUAGACUUCCCCACAUGUUGCGUUUCUUGACUCAAGACGAGAGUUGGUUGUUGCUCCAAUUGGAGGUUUUUGGAAAGCCCGAGUGCCCUCCUGAGUUGGAAGUUCUUGGAAAACUAAUUGUAGAUCAAUGUGAUCGACUGCCGCUUGCAAUUGUGGUCAUUGGAGGUAUACUUGUCAAAAAGUUUUCAGCAUCAGAUGAUAUAUCUGCAAAAAGAAAUGCAUGGACAAAAGUGUCGAACAGCGUGAGCACAUAUCUCAGUGAGGACCCUGGGAGACGCAUGGAAAAAAUUAUAGCAUUGAGUUAUGAUAAAUUGCCUUACCACCUGAGGGCAUGCUUUCUCUAUUUGGGAAUGUUCCCUGAAGACUUUGAGAUCCCAGUUUGGAAAUUGAUCCGCAUGUGGAUUGCAGAAGGAUUUAUACAAGAAAAGUCAGGUAUCAGCUUGGAGGAAACUGCAGAAAACUACUUGGAGGAUCUUAUUAAUAGGAAUUUACUAAGAGUUGAGAAGAGGCGAUCUGAUGGUAGAGUUAAAACGUGUCGCAUUCAUGACAUGCUACGUGAUUUUUGUAUAAAAGAAGCCGGAAAUGAGAGGGAAAACUUUCUCCAAGAAAUGAAAAGGUCUAGUGAUGGAUUUGAACCUUCGGUUGCUGAAGUACAAAAGUUUCGUCGUCUUUGUAUUCAUUCCAGUAUCCUUAGCUUUAUCUCUGCAAGACCUUAUGGUCCUCGUGUCCGAUCUUUUGUUUGUUUCUCCAAAGAAGAAGUUGCCUUGCCGACAGAAAAUGUUGCAGCGAUUCCGGCAGCUUUCAAAUUGCUAAGAGUUCUUGAAGUCAAGCCCAUCAAAUUUACAAAAAUUCCUAGUGACUUGUACCAGUUGGUUCAUUUAAGAUAUCUCACCCUGUCCAUCAAUUUAGCAAUUCUUCCUGCAGCCUUCUCCAAGCUUUGGAACAUACAAACUCUUGUAGUCGAUACAACAUCCCGUACACUUGAAAUCAAAGCAGAUAUUUGGAAGAUGAUUCAGUUAAGACAUUUAAAGACAAAUGCAUCCACUACUUUGCCGAAGACUGGGAAAAGUAGUAAAGAAGGUGAAAGACUUCGUACACUUGGUACAAUUUCACCACAAAGUUGCACAGAGGAAGUAUUUGAAAGAGCUCGCAAUUUGAAGAAAUUGGGCAUUCGUGGGCGACUAGCCAUGCUUAUAGAUGGCAAGAGUGGAUCGUUUGAUAGUCUGGGGAAAUUGGAAAAUCUUGAAAAGCUGAAGCUACUAAAUGAUGUCUUUCCCAGUCCACCUUCCGAAGGCCAAUUGCGUAGCCUUCCUCCACCUUACAAAUUCCCAAGGAAACUAAAGAGCCUAACUUUGUCUGAUACUUUUCUUGAUUGGAGUCAUAUUUCCACCCUAGGACUGUUGGAGAACCUGGAGGUGCUCAAGCUCAACGAUAAAUCUUUCAUGGGGAAGUGCUGGCAGGCAGCGGAUGGAGGUUUUCGCCGUCUUGAAGUGUUGCACAUUGGACGAACAGAUUUAGUUUUCUGGGUAGCUUCGGCUCAUCAUUUCCCUCGACUUAGACGCCUUGAGCUGCACAACUGUGAGGAACUUAAAGAAGUUCCAAUUGGGCUGGCUGAAAUAGAAAACUUCCAAGUCUUGGACUUGUACCGUACAAAAUUUGCAGCUGCCUCUGCCAAAAAAAUUGGAGAUGCAAAAAAGAAGAAAGAGGAGCAAAACGGCAAGGUUGGUGCCUUCAAGCUCUCCAUUUUCCCCCUCGAGGAAUGAUCACCCACGCAUGAUCCUUGACAAGAUCACUAUUUUUCUGAGCCUUCCAGUGUGACGUGCAAUACAUUGCAAGAACUCGUAUAUCCUUACUUCCUGAAAGAGGAUGAAAGCCUGUUCUCCAACUCCUCCUGGGACUUGAGCCUGAGAUCUGAUGAACUUCAGUUCAAAAGCUUCAUGUCAGUAGCACACACCUACUCGAUCCCACACACUUGCGACACUUUGUUCUGAUAAGAAAUGACGGCUAUUAAAUCUGUGUGCCAGAAAGCUUCCUAUGAGAUUAGAAAGGAUGUCUGCUGCAUGAACGGAGCUUGCUCGAAUAAAUGUUGCAUUUGUCUCAUUGGUUAUGUUGAACUCCCUGAAUAUUGUUGCACUUUUAUCUGAAUGAACAUUUACUGUGUUUCUCGCAA